AUGCAUAAUCCCAAAUCCUCUUCCUCGUCAGCUCCGAUCAUUAGAAUAUCAUCAGCAGAUUCGUUGUUAUCUCGAAACAGUCCAGACCAUUCAUCUCUUUGUAAUCAAGGACUUUCCAAUCUAUCUUCACCAAUGCUUCUACCACCCAAGGCGAGUACUUCUCGGUCAACCGCCACCGUUGCAACAACUCCUCCCAAGACCCUCUCAUCCAUGUUGAAUGGCAAUCUCAACCUGACAACAACAACAUGUCUCGAGAUUCCGAACACUACAAUCACACCACCACUACCACCUCCACCUCCAUCACUCAUAAAUUCCCUUCACAACCACCACCACCACCACCACUCCUCGAAUUCUUCCAAACAAAAAUCACCUUCCUCUCCACCACACGGAGUUCAUCAAAUCUCUUCUUCUUCUUCUUCCUCGACAAGAGUAAAUCUUUCUCAACUCCUCUCUCCCUCCUCCUCGAAUAAUUAUUCAUCCCAUCAUCGUCAUCACUCUCCGACCACUCCUCCUAAUGUUGCUUCUGUCAGUAGUAAUAGCACAGUGAAUGAAUCACCCAAUAAUUACAUCAAAUCACAACGUAAGAAAUCUCUGUUUAGUAAGAGAAGAAGAAGUACAGUAAAAUAUGCAAACUCAGUCAUUCUCAUGAAGAAUGACCUUUCCGACGAGAGGAGAAUUACAAUACAUGGAAAUGGAUUUCAAAAUACAAAAUAUUUAUUUGAAAAUGAACAUUCAAUGAUUUGCACCAUCACAUUAUUACCGACAGAGAUUAUUGAAAAAAUUGUCAUCUAUUUAGACGUGGACUCUAUUGUUCGUGUCACACAAGUUUGCAAAAUGUGGUACAAGGUUUUUCAAGAUGAUGAAAUUUUAUGGGAACAAGUUUGUACAAUUAAUUAUCCAAAAGAGACACAAUCUCUGCGAAAAUUAUAUAAUCGAAAAAACACAGUGAGACGAUUUCGAGAGAUAUUUUUUGAGACUUUUCAUAAUGACAAGUUAUUAUUGAAAACAGGAAUUUUUGAGAAUAAGAAUAUCAAAUUUAAAAAGUCACCGUGGAGCAAAGAAGACUAUCUUUUCGUACAUACCAAUAAUAAUGCAAGUAAUAGUCACAUUACUACUGAGGAAGUCAAUGGCUCAUCGUCGCAUGGAAUUGUGAAUCCCUUGAUGCCCAUUAAGGUGGUUGUGGUUGGUGAUGGUGCUGUAGGGAAAACUUCUCUGCUGGGAAGGUUUGCUAAUGAUGAAUUUAUUUCAGAUCAGUAUUUACCGACAAUAUUUGACAAUUACACAACUUAUGCAACAGUUGAUAACAAAACAUGGGCUGUGACAAUCAUUGAUACUGCUGGGUCUGAAGAUUAUGACAAGAUACGUCCUCUCACUUAUACAGGAGCUGACAUUUUUAUAUUGUGCUUUGAUUUAGUGAAUUCCUCAAGUUUUCAAAAUGUCACCAAUAUUUGGCUGAAAGAGCUAAAUACGCAUGCUCCAAAUGUACCAAUUUUAUUAUGUGGAACAAAGCUAGAUUUGAGAACUACAAAAAACGAAAAGGACUCUCAUGAAUCGCUGAAACAUUUUGUCCACUCUCAAUUUUCUAAAUAUGGUAUUGUAACCUUUGACGAGGGUGUGGAGCUUUCAAAGAAGAUCUCUAACUGUGUAGCAUACGCGGAAACAUCUGCCAAGUCAGGUCAAGGCGUGAAAUCAUGUAUCAAAACUGCCAUUUCUUUUGGAUGUAAAUAUUCGCUUUCACAAAUGGGAAAAUAUUUAUCAAAGUCUUCGAGUACUUCACCAUCAAGUGAGAGUGGGAGUUCGUCAGGAAAGAGAAACAGCAAGACUAGCAAUUGCAUUAUUCAGUGA